UUCCUGGGCUGCCCGGCGGGUCCGGGAACCUGGCCGGAGCGGGAAGAUGGCUGGCAAGGGCUUCGGGGAGCAGGGCUACGCGCAAAGGCGGGAGACUUGCCCUGAGCCCCGAGGGGUAGGAGGGAAGGGCCGCAGCCCUCAGGACGCCGGGAGCCACUGAGGGCGGGAGCGGCAGGAAGGAACCCCUCAGGGUGCGCCUGAGAAGGGCCCAGGGAUCCCCGGAGAAGAGCAAGUCCGGGGCUGAGAGGGGAGCAGUUUUGCCCCACCGGCACCGCUGGGCCCUGGGACUGGUCCAGGGACAAGACGCCGGCUCCUGGGCCGGGCAGCUUGGUCUACCGUGGGGCUGGGAACGAGAAGCAGUGGCUGUCCUUGGAGGAGGUCCUCGAAGCAGCUCCGACCUCUCUAAGGGCCUCAGAAGGUCCUGCCCCCUGGGGCACCCUAGGCCUCCCACGGCCCACCACCUCUGCACCUGCCCUACCCACAGGCCACUCGCCAUGGGCGGCUGCUUCUCCAAGCCCAAGCCAGUGGAGCUCAAGAUUGAGGUGGUGCUGCCUGAGAAGGACCGCAAAGAAGAGCUGUCUGCCAGUGGGAAAGGAAGCCCCCGGGCCUACCAGGGCAAUGGCACAGCCCGCCACUUCCACGCCGAGGAGCGCCUGCCUGCCCCACACCCCUAUCCUGGCGCUCAGGACUUCAUGGAGGCUGCCGUCUGCCACGUCAAGGACCUGGAGAAUGGCCAGAUGCGGGAAGUGGAGCUGGGAUGGGGAAAAGUGCUGCUGGUGAAGGACAAUGGGGAGUUCCAUGCUCUGGGACACAAGUGUCCCCACUACGGUGCGCCCCUGGUGAAAGGAGUGCUAUCCCGCGGUCGGGUGCGCUGCCCCUGGCAUGGCGCUUGCUUCAACAUCAGCACCGGAGACUUAGAAGACUUCCCUGGCCUGGACAGUCUGCACAAGUUCCAGGUGAAGAUUGAGAAGGAGAAGGUGUACGUUCGGGCCAGCAAGCAGGCCUUGCAGCUACAGCGAAGGACCAAGGUGAUGGCCACAUGCAUCUCUCCAAGUGCUGGCCAUAGUGGCAGCACCAACGUGCUCAUCGUGGGAGCAGGGGCUGCUGGCUUGGUAUGUGCGGAGACACUGAGGCAGGAGGGCUUCUCGGACAGGAUCGUCCUGUGCACGCUGGACCGGCACCUCCCCUACGACCGGCCCAAGCUCAGCAAGUCACUGGACACACAGCCUGAGCAGCUGGCCUUGAGGCCCAAGGAGUUCUUCCGAGCGCAUGGCAUUGAGGUGCUCACAGAGGCCCAGGGCCUGGAGGAGGGGCUGGGCACAGGUCUAGGCCCCGGCCGCACUCUGCCCGGCGGGUCACAGGUGGUCACCGUGGACGUGAGGAACAAGAAGGCCGUGUUCAAGGACGGCUUCAAGCUGGAGUAUAGCAAGCUGCUGCUGGCGCCCGGGAGCAGCCCAAAGACCCUGAGCUGCAAAGGCAAAGAGGUGGAGAACGUGUUCACCAUCAGGACGCCCGAGGACGCCAACCGCGUGGUGAGGCUGGCCCGGGGCCGCAACGCUGUGGUCGUGGGAGCCGGCUUCCUGGGGAUGGAGGUGGCCGCCUACCUGACAGAGAAGGCGCACUCGGUGUCUGUGGUGGAGCUGGAAGAGACGCCCUUCCGGAGGCUCCUGGGGGAGCGCGUGGGCCGCGCCCUAAUGAAAAUGUUUGAGAACAACCGGGUCAAAUUCUACAUGCAGACAGAGGUGUUGGAACUGCGGGCCCAGGAGGGAAAGCUUAAGGAGGUCGUGCUGAAGAGCAGCAAGGUUGUACGGGCUGAUGUCUGCGUGGUGGGCAUUGGAGCUGUGCCUGCCACGGGCUUCCUGAGGCAGAGUGGCAUCGGUCUGGAUUCCCGAGGCUUCAUCCCCGUCAACAAGGCCCUCUCCCCACAGAUGAUGCAGACCAACGUCCCGGGCGUGUUUGCAGCUGGUGAUGCUGUCACCUUCCCCCUGGCCUGGAGGAACAAUCGGAAAGUGAACAUACCACACUGGCAGAUGGCUCAUGCCCAGGGGCGCGUGGCAGCCCAGAACAUGCUGGCACAAGAGGCGGAGAUCAGCACGGUGCCCUACCUGUGGACCGCUAUGUUUGGCAAGAGCCUGCGCUAUGCAGGGUAUGGAGAAGGCUUCGACGACGUCGUCAUCCAGGGGGACCUGCAUGAGCUGAAGUUCGUGGCUUUUUACACCAAAGGCGACGAAGUGAUCUCCGUGGCCAGCAUGAACUACGAUCCCAUCGUGUCUAAGGUGGCUGAGGUGCUGGCCUCUGGCCGCAGCAUCCGGAAACGGGAGGUGGAGACCGGCGACAUGUCCUGGCUCACAGGGAAAGGAUCCUGAACUUGCAUGCAGCGGACUCGGGCAGGCAUGCUGGGGUCCCAGGGACAGAGGCCAAGCCAGGGGGGCAAGUGCCAACCUCCAGUUCCCCAGGAUCCUCCAGGGCAGAACCUGAGCCCUCCCAGUGUUUGGCUUCAGCUGCCUGGUUCCCCUCCAGAGAGGCCCCAGUGGCCUCCAGGAGAAGCUCACCACCCAAGGCAUCCAGUGGCAUUGAUAGGCCUGCCCUCCUAUCCCUCUACUGGGACUGGUUCCCUGUAGGACCCUGUGACAUGUUAGACAGUAUCUUAACAUUAAAACACACACAUUUGCA